AUGGCGGCCGCCGCCGAGCGCGGCGCCGAGGUGGCCGUCGAGUGCAGCGCCGAGGUGACCACUGUCGUUUGCGGCGAUUGCGGCCAGGAGAAGCAUCGGGACAAGUGCUCGGCGAAGCAUUGCUCCAAACUCACAGGGGAGCCCUCGGCGUUCGCGUGCAACGACUGCGGCUCGCUCAAGAAGCGGGUCCGUGUCAUGAGGGCCGCCGACGAAGAUCGCUUCGACGGGUUCCAGGCCAUGACCGCCGAUGAGCGCAAGGAGUUCAUGAAGGAGUCGAGUGGCUUGUACGGGGACGCUCUCGCGGCGAAGCUCACCGAGUACACGAGCAGGUCGAGGACCGAGGAGAGCGUGCAGACAGACAAGGCAUCGGGGGAGUUUGUUUUGAUUUCAAAAGUCGGUGAGCUGGAGAGGUUCAAGGACGACAAGGACGCGCUCGCCCUCUUGCUGCAGAGGGCCCCGCGCAAGACGUGUGAAUGGACUGAUCAGCACUUCGUGUGGGCCCCGAACUACUUCUACAGCUCGGAGUCGGUCAACAGGGACAGGAAGGAGGAGGGGCGCGACAUCAGUGGCGACGGCAAGAUCAAGAGGCCCCAGGUCAAGAAGGGUGCAAGGCCGCCAAAGGCUUCCAAGGAACCAGCCUCCAAGCCUAAGUUGCCUGCUCCCGUCAUGAGGAAGUACCACAAGUUCAUGGAGAUGGUGGGAGAGCGGUGCCGCUCGAUGGCGGAGUCUCUCCUCGUCGCCACGAGUCAGGAGGGCAAGGAGUACGUCCCAGCCAGGAUCUUGCAGAGGGCUGAGACUGUCCAGGCGGAGUUGAUGUCGAUCGUGGAGCGCAUGCCAGAGUACAUCAAGAAUGAUGACCCGACCACCAAGGACGAGCUCCUCGGCAAGAUCGAAGCGGGCAGCGGGAUUGUCGCCGACCAUUUCGACUUGAAGACGAAGAUUGACAGCGCGCAGCCUGGCUGCCCCGAUCCAGCUCGAAUCAUGCCGUCGGCCGACGCCGAGGGCAAAGGCGAGGACCUCUUCGGCCCCGAGGGCCUCGGCGGCGGAGAGGUCAAAUCAGAGGCUAGCGUCGGCCAGGCGGCCGAGGGGCAGGACUCACGGGUGAAUACAUGCAGGGGCUUGUCAAUCAAUGGGCCCAUCCAGGGGCACAGCAGCAAGAACAAGUAA